AUGUCUUCCAAGCUCAGCCAUUCAUUCGGCAUCUCAUGGCGCAAAGCGCUGGUGUCACUGCCACGUCUAGUCCCAGAUGCCAUCCUCCACAUCACCUCACCCGAGGGACCACAACCCAUCGUCUUGGACGUCCCAUCUCGCGAGGCACACCUGAUCCCCGUCUAUGUCUUUGUCCCGCCAAAGAACAACCAACACCACCACCUGAUCUCCCCCGGUGCACAUCUGAAAGAGGCCCUUUCACACUCGCCGGACGAUCACCCGCCCGAGAAAUACCCCGUGCUGAUCGACUUCCACGGCGGCAGUUUCAUCCUCGGCAGCUGCCAGGAACAAACCCCUUUCUGCGCGCAGAUGUGCCGUGAACUCAACUGCGUAGUUAUCAGCGUCGACUAUCGCCUCGGGCCCUACGCAACCUACCCGGCCGCCAACCUCGACGCCGAAGAUGUCGUAUUUGCCGUCAUCGACGCCCAGAAACCGAGCUACCGCACACUCCGCGAAUCCAUCAACCGGCACAUGGACAAAGAAGGACGGCGACGCAUCGACCUCGACUCGGAGCGUAUCGCCUUCUCCGGCUUCUCGUCCGGUGGCAAUCUGGCGCUGAACCUCGCACUCGGCGUCAAAGACGACCCGACCAUCCACCGCGACUGGCUGAGCCCCGUGCCCUGGAGCCACAGCCGCGACAUCCCCGUGCUGCUCUUCUACCCGAGCCUCGACUGCCGACUGCUGCCGCACGAGCGACCGAGACCAGAGGGCCUCGAGGCCCCGAACGGCUUUGUCGAGCGCUGGCGCCUCGAGGCCGAGCUGAUGCCGACGUACCUCCCGGUCGCGAGGCGCGCGGAUCCACGAGCAAGUCCGGGGCUGACCGAUGUCAAGAACCCACCGCUGCUCGCGGACGGGAAAGUCGCAGGCGAGUACGGCCUACAUCCGAAAGCCAAGCUCUUCCUCGUGCUCCCGCAGUUCGACUCCCUGCACGAAUCGAGCGUCGUGUGGGUCGAGAAGGUCCGCGCCGAAGGCCGCGGCGGGGAUAUGAUCGUCGAGGACGUGAAGGGCGUCACGCAUGGCUGGACGCAGUUCCCCGACGGGUUUAUCUCGGACGAGCAUCGCAAGUUGAAGGUGAAGGUGUUCGAGAAGGCGAGGACGUUUCUGAGUGUUUGGUGGGAUCUCAAAGGGGAGAAGGAGAAGGAGAAGGCCGUGAUUAAGGAGGUCGAUGUCGAGGUGCUGGGGAAGGCGGGUGGUGAUGGAAAGGACGAAAAGCAUCCCGGGAAGGGCCUCGAUGUUCUGCUUGAGAGCCAGAGGCAUCCCGGUUCUGGCUAG